AUGGUGGAUCCCGUGCCUGAAGAGGAGAAGCUGGGAGCCGAGCCCGGAGGCUCAGAAGGGGACGAAGCCGCCGCGUCCGUGCCCCCUGACUCCCAGGGCGCCCAGCAGCCCACGGCGUCUUCGGCCUCGGCCUCCGCCGUGGCGCCCCGCAAGGCUGAAGUCCCGUCCGCGGCCGAAGGCGGGCAGCGGGAGCAGUCCCCGCUGUUGCACCUCGACCUCUUCAACUUCGACUGUCCGGAGGCCGAGGGCAGCCGGUACGUGCUGACCAGCCCCCGCUCGCUAGAGGCCUGCGCCCGCUGCGCCGUUAAGCCUGUGGAGCUGCUGCCCCGGGCCCUGGCGGACCUGGUGCGCGAGGCCCCCGGCCGCUCGAUGCGAGUGGCCACUGGCCUGUACGAGGCAUACGAGGCGGAGCGGCGCGCCAAGCUGCAGCAGUGCCGGGCGGAGCGCGAGCGCAUCGUGCGCGAGGAGAAGCGGCGCCUCUUCACGCCGUUGGGCCCCGCGGCCGCCGCGGCCUCGGCCCCCAGCGCGGGCAGCAGCAGCAGCUGCAGCAGCGCGAGCCUCCCGGCCUCGCCCGCCCCGCGCGCCGCUCGAAAGGCCUCCUCCAGCCCGUCCCCGGCCCGGCCCCAACCCCCUCCGGCGGGGCCGCGGGCAGGUAGGAAGAGCCACUCACUGGACUCGCUGUCCCGCCGGCGGGAGGGCGCCCUCAGCUCCGAGUCCGGCGCGUCGUCGUCGUCCUACAGCGGAGAGAGCCUGCGGGAACUGCACUGGCCGCCACGGGCCUCGGCCAGGAACAGCUGCGCGGCGGGGUCGGCGGCCUCGGCUCCUAACCCCCUGGGCCGCCCAUCCGCCCUGGCCCUGGUUCCGCUCACCGGCCGCAGCUUCAGCCUCGGCGACCUGAGCCACUCGCCCCAGACAGCUCAGCACGUGGAGCGCAUCGUGCGCCAAGUGCGCGCCGAGCGGGGUCUGCGCGGGGUGCCGGAGCGCGACCGGAAGAUCGCGGCGCUGAUGUUGGCGCGGCACCAGGAGGAACGCCUGCUGCUGGAGCAGCGCGCCGCGGCCCACGGCCAGUGGGAGCAGCAGCGCGUCCGCGCCGAGCAGCGGCGGGAGCGCGAGGAGCGCGAGAAGCAGCGCGCCCUGGAGCAGGGCCGCCGGGCCUGGGCGGCGCAGGUGGAGGAGCGGCGCGGCCGCCGAGGUCGCGAGGAACGCGAGGAGGCGCGGCGCCGGCAGCGGCAGUGCGAGCGCAGCGAGGAGCGGCGGCGGGAGCUGGCCGAGCGCCAGGGACUGCUGCGGCGGGAGCGAGUGGAGCGCGCGGCCCGGGAGGACCGGCAGCGCAAGCUGCAGCAGGAACAGAACCUGAAGCAGCGGGAGGAGGGCCUGCAGGAGGUGCGCGAGCGGGCCGAGCAGGCCCGCAGGGAGCGCGCUAAGCGCGCGGCCCAGGUCAAGCAGCAGCAGGAGGGCCAGUUGCAGCGGGAGAAGCGGGAGCUCAGCAGGGCGGAGCGGGCGCGCCACGAGGCGUUGCUGAAAGGUCGGGCCCGGCAGGAACGCCAGGAGCGCGAGGGCCUGCGGAGCUCCCUGGAGGCCAGCUUGGGACGCGCCCAAGAGAACUACGAGCAGUUGGUGGAGCAGCGCACCCGGGAGCUGCGCGAAAGGGCCCGGCGGGAGGAGCUGCAGGGCCGGCGGGCCAAGGAGGCUGCGGAGCGCAAGGAGCGGGAGCAUCAGGCACACCUGGAGGCGCUGGCCCGGGCGGGCGAGCGGCGGCUGCAGCACGCGGCGCAGGCGGCCGAGGAGGCUGUGCAGCGGAAGGCGCGGCGCGUGGGCCAGAGCCGGAUGGAGAAGGAGCGGGCCCAGCGCGCCAACAAGGAGAAGGUGGAGAGGGACGAAGACUGCCGCCGGCGGGAGCUGCUCCAAGCCAUCGGUCGCAAGCUGGAGCGCAGCGAGCAGCUAUCUCGGGAGCGGCGCAGCGCGCUGGAGAGCGCUCGCUCCACAGCCCGCGCCUCCUUCCACGUGCGCGAGAAGGUGCGCCAGGAGACCAACACGCGCUCCUUCGAUCGCAUGGUGCGCGAGGCCCAGCUGCACGCCAACCUGGACCGUAAAUGA